CAGGACGCGUGCUGUUCAGCCAGCCACAGAACUGGAAUUUCCCAGGGGCAACAGGAACAUGGUAUUCGGGUUUUUCUGAGCAACCGAAGUGGAACAUAGUUUCCUGACCCAUUACAGUACAAUGGACGGUGGACGAAGGAGCAGGCUUCAGAGGCUAGGAGGCUGCCCUCAUCUCAGAUUCCUUUCAAAUCCGUUGAUGGGGGACAUUGUAUCUGACUGGUCACCUCUUCAUGAUGCUGCAAUCCAUGGACGCCUGCUGACCCUGAGGAACCUUAUCAACCAGGGAUGGCCUGUAAACAUCAUCACGGCCGAUCAUGUGUCUCCACUCCAUGAAGCGUGUCUGAGAGGACAUUUUUCUUGUGCAAGUGUUUUACUGAGUCAUGGAGCUCAGGUGAAUGGCAUAGCCAUAGACUGGAGAACACCCUUGUAUAAUGCCUGCCUCGGUGGCAACCACGAUUGCGUGACUCUCCUUCUGGAUCAUGGAGCAGCUCCCCAUCCUGAGAGUGAUCUGGCCUCUCCCAUCCACGAGGCUGCAAAGAGAGGUCAUGUGAAAUGCAUCGAGUCCCUUGCAGAUUAUGGUGCCAAUAUUGACUAUAACAUCAGCCACCUGGGUACUCCUCUAUAUAUCGCUUGCAAAAACCAGCAGCUAGCCUGCGCCAAGAAGCUUCUGGAGUUAGGAGCAUCUGUGAAUAAAGGCAAAGGCUUGGAAUCCCCUCUUCAUGUAGUGGCCAGGAUGUCUUUUGGGGAGCUGGUAUACCUACUGAUGGACUUCGGAGCAAAUGUUCAAGCUAGGAACGCUGAAGGAAAACGUCCUGUGGACUUGGUGCCUCGGGAGAGUCCUGUGACUGAGAUCUUCUUGGAGAGAGAAGGUCCUGAGUCUUUGAUGCAGUUAUGCCGCCUGAGAAUCAGGAAAUGCUUCGGCAUUCGGCAGCAUCAUAAGAUUGCUGCACUCUUCCUCCCGGAAGACCUGAAGCGCUUUCUUUUACACCUUUAG